CCGGGCGGGACGGCUGGGGGCCGCGGGGCCCGAGGCGGCGUGGAGCGCGGGGUCGCGCCGCUCUCGCCGCGGUGGGACCGCGAGGUGUGAAGAAAAAAAAUGACACUUCAAUGGGCGGCAGUUGCAACUUUUCUUUACGCUGAAAUAGGACUCAUUUUAAUCUUCUGUCUACCUUUUAUUCCUCCUCAGAGAUGGCAGAAGAUUUUUUCAUUUAGCGUCUGGGGUAAAAUUGCAACUUUCUGGAACAAGGCUUUCCUUACUAUUAUAGUCCUAUUGAUUGUUCUGUUUCUAGAUGCUGUGAGAGAAGUAAGAAAAUAUUCCUCAACUCAUGCCAUUGAAAGGAGCUCAGCCAGCAGACCUUCUGCCUAUGAACAUACACAAAUGAAACUUUUUAGGUCUCAAAGAAAUCUUUACAUUACUGGAUUUUCAUUAUUUUUCUGGCUAGUGUUGAGACGUCUGGUUACCCUUAUUACUCAGCUGGCAAAAGAGCUGUCAAACAAAGGAGUACUUAAAGUUCAAGCAGAAAAUACUAACCAGGCUGCCAAAAAAUUCAUGGAAGAGAAUGAAAGACUAAAACGGUUCUUGAAAAACCAUGGCAAGGAAGAAGAACACAUUUUGGAAGCAGAAAAUAAAAAACUAGCAGAAGAUAAGGAAAAACUGAAAACUGAAUUAAAGAAGGCUUCAGAUGGUAACGUUGCAUGCAUGCACAAAACCCUUUCUAAGGCACAAAAUGACAUGACCAUGAUGAAGAUGCAAUCAGAGAGACUUUCAAAAGAAUAUGACCGGCUCCUGAAAGAACACUCAGAACUUCAGGAUCGUGCAGGGAAAGGCAAUAAGAAAGGCCUGUGAACUUUAUGAAAGAAGACUGUGAUACACCAUGUCAGGAGGAUAAAUUUGUUAUCAUGUUAGCCUCUAGAAAACUUAAAAUUCAGUUCAGAAAAACAUACUGUCUAUGACCAGCCAAUAUUUUUUUUAAUGCCACACACAUAGGCUAUUAUCAUAAUGGCAUUAUCACAAUAUUUGAUGAUGUUUCAGAUAUAUUGUAAAGUCUGUAUUCUAGCUCUCAAGUGAAAUAUAAGCAUGUUAAACACCUUAUCUAGAUACUGAUAGUAACACUGGUGUAUGGUGGCUGUUCACCAAUAAAAGGAGAAAUUCAUUAGCCACUUACUUCCAAACUUAGAUUUUUAAGCUGCAUGAAACCAUUAAAUAGCCUUAAAAGCUUUGAUGAAUUUCCAAUAAUAAUACUAAUCUACUUAAUCAGACGAUGGUGUAUUUGAAAAUAGUAUUCAAUAUCAGCAAGUUUGUUCGUAGAGAGAUUAACUAAGGAUAAAUGAUUAGAAGUAGCUACUAUAUUUAUAGGGAAGAGUCAGAAAGAGCAAAAAAUAAAAACAAUGACUUUAAGUUUUAUUUUUUUAAGCCUGAUGGUACUGCAGCUGACUGUCAUAAGACAACUAUAUUGAUAAUUGUAUUUUUGUUACUGUGCUUCUGCACCUGUUGGGGAUUAUUUUUGUUGACAUUUGUGUUAAUAACACAUAAUUAGUAAAGAUUCUGCUUUUUUAAAGUUCAUCUGGGAAUGGAGUUUACAUGUAUUUGCAUAACUGCCACAGCACUGAACUGAAAUUAUUUUAUAACAGCGUGGAAUUCUUGACUUGGAAAUGUAUAAUGUAUCCAAAAAGCAGUGUUUCCCAUUGCUGCGAGAGUUGCUAAUUAUACAAAUAUUACCUCAAAUAUACACACAGUGGUGUCACAAUUUUGCCAAGAUGUUUCUGUAUUCUGAAAGCUAAAUAUUAAAUACUGUUUUUCCAUUCAAA